AGCCUCGCACCUCCUCCUCCUUCUCCCCCAACCCGCGCGCCCCCCGCUAGCCGAACCCGGCCCGGGAGCGCCGGACAGAAGGGACGGGAAAGGGGCUGCCCGAGACAAAGGGGGCGCGGGGGAGCAGCUGGCGAUGGCUUCUCUGAGCCUGGGGGGGCUGAGCGUGAACCGCGGCGGCGGCGGUAGCAGCUGCAAGAAGAGCCUGAACGCCCGCAAUGCUGCAGUGGAGAGGAGGAAUCUGAUCACGGUGUGCAGGUUUUCUGUCAAGACCCUGAUUGACAGAUCGUGUUUCGAGACGAUUGAUGAUUCAUCACCAGAAUUUAACAAUUUUGCUGCUAUUUUGGAACAGAUUCUAAGUCAUCGGCUAAAAGAGAUUUCCCAAAGUUGCAGAUGGCUGGCUCACCUCCAAAUAACUCUUCAAGGUCAAGUAACCUGGUUUGGCUAUGAAAGCCCUCGUAGCUUCUGGGACUAUAUCAGAGUGGCCUGCCGAAAGGUUUCACAGAACUGUAUCUGCAGCAUUGAGAAUAUGGAAAAUGUCAGCUCUUCAAGAGCCAAGGGAAGAGCCUGGAUCAGAGUAGCACUUAUGGAAAAACAUUUAUCCGAAUAUAUCUCCACAGCUCUGAGAGACUUCAAAACAACCAGGAGAUUUUAUGAAGAUGGAGCAAUUGUCUUGGGUGAAGAAGCAAAUAUGCUUGCUGGCAUGCUGCUUGGACUCAAUGCUAUCGAUUUCAGCUUCUGCCUGAAGGGAGAAGGAUUGGAUGGCAACUUCCCAGCUGUCAUAGAUUAUACACCAUAUCUGAAGUUUACCCAAAGUUCUGAUAGCAUCAGCAGUGAUGAAGAAGAAUUAAGGACGUUGGGAAGCAGUGGUAGUGAAAGUAGUACUCCAGAGAAUAUUGGUCCCCCUUUUAUCAUGGAUGAAAAUAGUUGGUUCAACAAAUGUAAGAGAGUUAAGCAGAAGUAUCAACUUACUCUGGAACAAAAGGGCUAUCUUGAAGAACUGUUACGACUUCGAGAGAACCAGCUGGCUGAAUCUGUUUCUCAGAACAAGUUAUUGCUUCAGAGGAUUGAAGAUUCUGAUUUGACCCACAAAUUAGAGAAGGAACAGUUGGAGUACAUUAUUGUGGAACUGCAGGACCAGCUGACUGUGCUAAAGAAUAAUGAUUUAAGAUCAAGACAAGAGUUAACUACCCACCUCACCAAUCAGUGGCCUUCCCCAGGAGCUCUGGAUGUCAAUGCUGUUGCCUUGGAUACCUUGCUUUACCGAAAACACAAUAAACAGUGGGAUGACAAGAGUUUUCAAAGUCUGGACCAGUUAUCAGCAGAAGUUAGUCUAUCUCAGACAUCUCUGGGUCCGGCUCAUUCGCAGGAUGGAGAGGGCAAACAAGACAUGUUAAAUCUACUAAGUGAAGGUAAAGAAGACACUCCCUCAUUACUUGGUCUCUGUGGCUCUCUAACCUCAGUAGCAAGUUAUAAAUCUCUAACAAGCCUGAAAUCAAGUGACUACCUUGCAAGUCCCACCACAGAGAUGACUAGCCCAGGCUUAACUCCAUCUUGAAAAGCCAAAUAUGAUGGCAGCCAGAAAAGAUCUCUUGUGUUGCAUACAUUGUCUACAUUCCAUGGGUUUGACUUCUGGGAAGACAUCGGUCUUAAACAAAUAGUUAUAUGCUUUUUAAAAAUUUCAUUUAUAUUCUCUUAUUUAGAAAACAGUUCAUAUACUCUCAAUGAAUAUCUUAACUAGUUUUUCUUGUUUCUAGUUUCUUCAAUAAAUUUGCAAUUUUUAAAGGUGAACUGAUAAGGCUUUUAACAAAAAUUUAAACCAGAUAGCUCCCCAUAAUAAUGUGGCAAAAUGCACAUAACCAUUCAAGUGAUUUUUCACAUGUUUAUUUAUUUUUUAACAACUAAGGCCUGAGUUCAUGGGAUCUGAACAAAGCAUUUUCAUGUACUGAUGCAGAUGGCAUCUAAAAGAAGAAAUGACAUCCAAAGAGGGCUUAGACAAGGCAGUUGUGUGCCUUAGGCAAGGUCUGAAAAUUCUGUGCCCCAUAUUACUGUCCACUGGAAAUGUGCUUCCAUGUAACACAUGCAUCUUUGCAUACCACCAAAUGUAUACCUAUAUGGCAUGGAAAGUAAACUUUUCUGACAUAGUGUUUCAAAAAAUGGUACUCCUUACUGUGGCCUACCAUGGC